AUGGACAUACACGAGAGGCUCCGGUCGCCUCACCCAGAGGAUGCGUUCCGAUCGGAGCGCAUGGUCCUGGUGCAGCUUUUGAUGGAGCGAGAGGCGGCGCACGACAGUGUAGACGAGCUUGCACGGCUUGAAUGCAUGCACUUCAUCGACAGCGAUGCCAACAAGGACAAGACAGCCUUCCAACGCCCGUGGGUGUCAGAAGUGAGACUCUGCGACGACUUGCUCCGACAGCUCCGCCUCUUCCGCGACAAGGCCAGGCGCCUGGGCCUCUCCCUUAACUCCCUCCCCCUCGAUGAAGAGCCUGGAAGAGGCUCAGCUGGGCUAGGGGACCUGCACGAGGAGCUGACGGAGCUGGAGCGAGAAAUCAAGGAGAUGGACGGAAGGCAGCGUUCGAUGGAUCGAAGUUACCACGAGAAGUUAGAGCACCUGAUGGUCGUGCAGCGAGCGGACGAGGAGCUGCUGCGAGCUGAGCCCUCGAGAGUGACGUCAGCGGAUGUGGAGGAAGAGACGGGAGCGCUGAUGAUGGAAGAGGGAGGGAGGGAGGGACAGACCUUGCGGUCCAUGUUCGGAGUUCUUCCCGUGGACAAGCGCGAGACCUUCACGCGCGUCAUCUGGCGGGUGACGCGAGGCAACGCUAUCGUGCACUUCUCCUCAAGACCAGCUGGGAUGCGGCAGGCGAGCAGCUCAGGGGAAGCAGAGGAGGUGGAGAAAGUAGCCUUCGCCAUCUUCUUCUCCGGUCGAGUGAUUGAGGACAAGAUCUCCAAGCUCUGCGCGACCAUGGAGGCGCAUCGGUACCACGUGCCCAAGGGGCUGACGGAGAGAACGAACUUGCUGCGGCAACUGAAGCGCGACAUCCAAGACCACGUCGCCAUCACUUCUUCCGCCGAGCGGCGACAAGCCGAGCUGGUGGGCAAGCUAGCGCGAAGUCUGGGAGAGAAGGAGAGGAUGGUGCUGCAGGAGAAAGCGAUCUUCGCGACCAUGAACCUGUUCAACACCCUCGUCUCCAAUCGCACGGUGAUAGCUGAAGGCUGGGUUCCUGUCGAGUCCCUUCCUGCCCUCCGCAGCGCCUUGCAACGAGGGAUGAAGCGAUCGGGAGCCGCGACGCCUUCAGUGGUUCACGUGCUCAAGGCGGACCUGACGCCUCCCACCUUCAUCAAGACCAACAAGCUCACAGAGUCCUUCCAGGCGCUCAACGAUGCGUAUGGCACUCCCAGGUACCUAGAGCUGAACCCGGGGAUGUUCUAUCCGGUGACCUACUCCUUCCUCUUCGGGAUCAUGUUCGGAGACAUGGGGCAUGGCUUUCUCAUGCUCCUCGCCGCUAUCUUCCUCAUCUCUAAGGAGAAGGACUGGGCGGGGAAGCGCCUGCAUGAGCUCGUGUCGCCUGCCUUCGGCGGCCGCUACGUGCUCCUCCUCAUGUCUCUCUUCUCCAUCUACUGCGGUAGCGUCUACAACGAGUGCUUCGGUCAGUCGCUGCUCCCCUGGUCCUACUGGUCCCUCCACCUCCGUGCUGGCAGCUCCUCUUACGAUGCUGCUCCCGUCGCGCCCCCGCCCUACGGAGUGGAUCCGAUUUGGGGGAUCGCAGAGAACAAGUUGGGGUAUCAGAACUCGUUCAAGAUGAAGAUCUCUAUCAUCAUCGGAGUGUCGCAGAUGGUCUUCGGGUUGGCGUGCAAGACUCUCAACUGCGUCUAUUUCCGCAAGUGGAAGGAUCUGCUCUUUGAGAACAUCCCUGAGUACGUCUUCCUCCUCUCCAUCUUCGGCUACCUCUGCUUCCUCAUCAUCUACAAGUGGUCCACCGACUGGGUUGGCCUUGGCCUCCCAGCUCCUCCCUUGCUGGACACUCUGCUGGGCAUGCUGCUUGAGGUUGGAAGUCCUAUCCCCAAGGAGCGGCUGCUAUAUCCUGGUCAAGCCACUGUGCAGACGAUCCUAGUCAUCGUCGCGCUCAUCGCGGUUCCUUGCAUGCUCUUCCCGAAGCCGCUACUCAUGCAGGCGGAGCACAAGAACGGAUACGAGCCGGUGGACGCAGAGGACAACUCGCAGGGGCAUGGGGAAGGAGAAGGAGAAGGAGAGUUCGACAUGGGGGAGGUGCUGAUUCAUCAGAGCAUUCACACCAUCGAGUUCGUCCUCGGCACAGUCUCCAACACAGCUUCCUACCUCCGUCUCUGGGCGCUCUCCCUCGCACAUGCCGGCCUAUCGGAAGUCUUCUGGGAGCGGGUUAUGCUCGCCGCCCUUGAGCUCGAGGGCGUCAGCGUGUGGGGUCAGGGGCUCGCUGUCUUCUGUGCCUUCGCUGUCUGGGCGUUUAUGACCUUCAGUGUGCUGAUGGUGAUGGAGACGUUGAGCGCGUGUCUGCAUGACAUUCGUCUACAUUGGGUGGAGUUCCAGGUUAACCUACACCUCGUCCCACUUCACCUUCUUGCUGACGACUGA